AUGUCACAGGUCCAACCGACAAGAUGGCUUCCAUCCUACCUGGCCACUCUCUAUCGCUGGCUUAAAUGGACAGAACCAACCUGGGGCUUCACAAUUUACCGCACAACCUACACCCCGCGAUCUGAAGCUGCUUUCCCCGCGAUAGUCGACUUGAUCACGGCAUACGUCAAGGAAGACUUUUACAAGGACCAUAAAACUCUGCUCGAGGACAGUCCUAGUGCAAAUAAAGUCGAUAUAACUAUCUUCGAUGAAAUGUGGGCUAAGUACCAGCCACGUGUCAUUGAAGAUGCCGCCCAGUUCGAUGGAGCAUCGAUUGAACAGGUCCGGUCUCACUUUGAAGCCUGGGCGAAUGAGCGGCAUAUGGCCGAUAGGUUUCCCAGUUACCGAAUGUUCAUCGUUAUCGAUGAAGAGAGUCUUCAGUCCUUACAAGACACUCCAAUUCCCGAGGAAUGUUUUCCUGGAUCGAAACACUGGCUCGGUCACUAUGUGAAGCUUGUUGAGGCGUGGCAAGAGCCGGAACACCCAUUUAUGGGCUGGAUGAAAUGUUCUCUGAGGGGGCUUUGGGACGUGUGGCGGAAUAUGCAGGAUGGGGAUUACAUGCGAAAAAGCUAUGUGCUGAUUUGUAAAUACCGUGACGUUUAUUGA